AUGGCAGACCAUGGCAUGGAGAUUGAGGACGGAAUGCCGGCCGAGUGUUUCUGGAACAUCCGUGGGAUGUUAUCCGGGACGACCAUCCUUGCAAGGAACGCGCUUGGAAGACGCUCAGAAGCGCUGCCUCGGUUGCCAUUGGACAAUGGACCAUAUGGCGUAGUUCGAUCGCACGCACCAGAGGAUCGUGGCGCGCGAUCUAUGUAA